AUGGAAAAUAUACAGGCCAAUGGCGCUUCCUCCGGCGCUGCGUAUACGGUUCAGGAGGAGCUGUUGGGUACGCCCAGAAAGCUUCGAGUGCUGAUGGUUGGAGCCGGUGCUAGCGGUCUGAAUGUUGCACGUCAGAUGGAAUCACACAUGAAAAACUACGAGCUGCAAAUAUACGAAAAGAACGAGGAUAUCGGAGGUACAUGGUUUGAAAAUAGGUACCCGGGAUGUGCUUGUGACAUUCCCUCGCACAGCUAUCAGUACACUUGGGAGCCAAAUCCGGAAUGGUCAACUUUUUACUCCCAAGCAGGAGAAAUCUUGGAGUACUUCAGGAAUGUGGCCACCAAGUAUCAACUGUACAAGUACAUCCGUCUGAGCCAUUUGGUGACUGGAGCAGUAUGGGACGAGGAGAAAGGGAUCUGGAACCUGGAGAUAAAGAGAAUUUCGACUGGAGAGAUCAUUCACGACUGGGGUCACGUUCUCAUUAACGGAUGUGGCGUUCUAAACAACUGGAAAUGGCCCGAUAUUCCCGGCCUGCACGCUUUCAAAGGCGACCUCAUUCAUAGUGCCGCUUGGCCCGAGGAUUAUGAUUAUACCAACAAGACUGUUGCUGUUCUUGGAUGUGGCUCGUCUGGAGUGCAAAUCGUUCCUGCCAUUCAACCCGAUGUGAAAUCGCUUACGACUUUCAUCCGCUCCCCUACCUGGAUUACUGCCGGAUUUGCCCAGAAUCAUGCAGGACCUGGAGGAUCCAAUUUUGAGUUCAGCGAAGAGCAGAAAAAGGCAUUCCGCGAGAACCCGCAGGAGUAUCUCAAGUACAGGAAGGAUGUCGAAGGGGAGCUCAAUGUGAGAUUCCGAUUUGCUAUCGCCGAUAGCAAAGAGCAGGCUGACGCACGGGAAUAUUCACGCAAUGAGAUGACUACCAAGCUAGGCAAUGACCCGCGGUUGGUGAAGGCGUUGCUACCCGACUUUGCAGUCGGAUGCCGGCGACCAACUCCCGGCAAUGGCUAUCUCGAGUCCUUGACGAAAGAAAAUGUGCGCGUGGUGACCGACACGAUUGAAAAGGUGGUACCGGAGGGCAUUGUUCUAUCCACUGGUGAGGUCCUGAAUGUUGACUCUUUCAUUUGUGCCACCGGUUUCGACAUGUCCUUCGCGCCCCGGUUCAAUUUGGUCGGCCGCGAGGGCAAGUGUUUGUCCGAAGAGUGGAAGGAGAAGCCCGUCGCGUAUCUUUCAUUGGCUGCUGCUGAUUUCCCCAACUACUUCAUGUUCCUCGGACCCAACGCUCCCGUUGGACAUGGCAGCGUGCUACCCAUCGUUGAGCACACGACCAAAUAUCUCAUCAACCUCAUGAAGAAAAUGCAAACACAAGGUAUCACAGCGGUCGCGCCUAAGGCUGAUGCCAUCCGGGACAUGGAAAUCCACACUACCGAGUAUAUGAAACGGACAGCGUGGGCCACGCGGUGCCGCAGCUGGUUCAAGAAUGGAAAGAUUGAUGGGCCUGUGAUUGCCGUCCAUCCUGGAAGUCGGAUCCACUGGUUCCACAUGCUGACAGAUGUCCGCUAUGAGGAUUGGGACUACACUUAUACCAGCAACAAUCGCUUCCGGUACUUGGGUAACGGUUUCUCUGUAAGGGAGGAAACAGGUAUAGAUACGACCCGGUAUUUAGAUGACCCAGAGAAGGGCUACAACGAGUACUAG